CUACAGUUUGUGGGCAGGUGGAUCUCUACCGCAAACCAGCUCAGAAGGGACGCUGCAUUUCCUGGAUCCUACCUUGAGAUUGCUCUCACCAACACCACUUCCGUCUACUGCGACUUGAACAAUGUAGCCAUUCGCGAGCACGACGAUGAAGAGGGGAUCCUCGUUGAUCGAGACACCAAUCAUGCCGUACUUCAACCGGCGACCACCCGCCAAAAGCCCUCCGGACAAGUCAGUCUGCUUGUGCAGAUCAAUGAAGAGGUCUACGGCUUCGAAGAGGCAUCUGGAAUCAUUCAGAUCGCAGAAGCUCUGGACCCAGAAAGGAGUUAUAAAUUGAAAAUCACUCACCUGGGACGUCCUAAUGGUCGCAGUGGCGCCGUUGAAAUCAAUGGAAUUUGGGUCGAUAAGCCUUCAGCACUAGAGCAAGGCAACGAAGCCUCCACUCCGAACACCAAGACUGCUCUACGUAAUCCACUUCUUUCCCUGGACGAGUCAGACAACCUCAUCUCGACCUCAGUCUCUGGUUGGGGGUUGCAAGAGAGGAAAACCAUUGAGGUUGUGACACCAGAAACUGCGCUUUGCCCUUUUGAAGCAAAGGAGGACGAGGGAAUCCGCAAUGCGAGACUGAAUAUCUGGUCUGAAUACUUUCGAAAGAGCCUCUCUCUGGACACCGUUAGCAUCCCAACCUCAGAUCUGGGUCUUCUACCAUACGACGGCUCGCUGACCACAAUCAGUGAUAUGUUUUCUCGCUCCGGCCCAAUGUCUACACCACAUUUCUCCCGUCCCUGGAUAUUCAAAUCUUAUCGUCCAUCGAUUCUGCUAUUGCAACUUGGGCUUGUGGAUUUCACCCAAUUUUUCGCGGAUAAAAAGAAUCAUGGUGACCAUGCCCUCAAUCAGUUCAAGGCUGAAUUCAAAAGUGCCACCAUCAGAUUCAUUCAUAAUAUCAGAGCAACAGCAUAUCCAUAUGAUCCAACGACCAAGCAAUCGAGACUUGGUGUUGACGGGGACGGUAGCUAUAGCUACAACUCAGCCCCCUCAACGUUACCCAUCUUCCUCAUUGCACCGUUCACUGCAUCGCUGCGCUUUGUGACAAAGAAGCGAAAACUGCAUACUGUCAUAUCAGAUGUCCUGUCUCAAGCUGCAAGCACCCUGCAGUCCGAAGGAGACAAGUCGACAUUUUGGAUUGAUACGUCCGGUUGGCUGGAUUCC